AUGUCUAACCCCGACCUCCCGUUCCGCCUGGGACAUGACAUCGCGCUAAACGCUAUCCCCGAUACCGCCGUAUUUUACGCCGUUCUCAGUGACGAUCGUUACAACGACUAUUCUUUCUCGCAGGACUAUCUGGGUAUGGAUCCCACACUCUCCGGAUAA